AUGUACAAGGUAUUGGAGCGCAUUAUCCUAGACCGACUCAUUAAAAAUUGCGAAGAAACAACGCGCGACGAGCAAGCUGGCUUGCGUUUUCGGUAUUCGAAGCCAAUGCAACUAGCGUUUCUGGACUUUGAAGCCGCGUUCCACUCUCCUCACCGAGGCCGGCUUCUCAACGCGCUCCGCGCCUUUGGAGUACCAGGAAAGUUCGUUCGCCUGCUUGAUGACCUGAAUCAGCGAACAACUGCUGCAGUUCGAACACCAGCCGGAUGUACAACACCGUCUGAGGCAGUAACUGGAGUAAGACAAGGGGCAGUGGCAGGACCCUUCCAGUUCAAUUUCGCCACUGACGACAUUAUGCGAAAAACAGUAAGUCAGUGUCCUGCCAUCCUAGCGCCAUCAGGACGCCCCUUGACCAUUCUCGCGUACGCAGACGAUGUUGUUAUAUUCGCGGAAAGCAGUACGAAACUUCAACAUGUUGUCAACCUUGUAUCGAAGCUGGCUGCAGCCUAUGGACUACUUCUACGCCCUAAUAAAUGCAAGCAGAUGUGGAUCUCUUCGAGACCUCGAACGAGAAUCAGGGUGGACAGACAACCGAUAGAAUUCGUCGAUGAGUUCUGUUACUUGGGCUGCACGCUGAAGAGCAACGGCUGCGAGUCUACCUAUCCGCAAUUCGCCCCAUCAUGA